AGUCAAUUUUGCAGAGUAGAGAUUACGCUUUCUCUAAUUGGCUUUAAAAUUAUAUUUUAUACGCCACAAGAAAAGAAAUUGAAUUCCUCCAGAGCUGGAAGAGCUGGUAAAUAUGACGACUUCAUUCGUAGCUCCAGGGAGGUUUUUUUGUGAGGCAUCUGAAAAAAAAACAACAACAAAAAACCUUUGAAUCGUGCUUUCAUUUAAUUGAAAAAUAACUGCCAAGUUCAAAACUAUAAUUAGGGGGAAUGGAGGGAUUCUAACCCUUUAGAUUUGAAGAGCUCAGAUUGCGUUUAGUUUUGCAGGAAAAAUAGAAUUAAAGGCAAAAUUGAGAAAAAAAUGUGUAUGUGAUGAAAUGAGAGAGCUGAAUAAUAUCUCUGUGUACACAGAUAGAUAGCUGUACAUGUUUCUAUUUGGGGGGAGAGGGGAGGAGGGAUUCCUAACUUCUCCCAAAGUUACCUGUGUGUACAUGGGAGUUUCGAACGCUGAGACUGUCGAAGUAAAACAUACCCACACUUGGAAAAAAAAAAAAAAAAACUUUGGUCAGCUUUAGGGACUCAAAGCAUGCUUACGUUUUGCAUUCAGAUGGGUUAAUGAAUCCAGUGUUUUUGCAGUUGCAAGCUAGUGCAUUCCCUGGGCAAGGCUUGUCUGCAGGGGUUUUGCAGUGACAACGCGCAGGACAGACCUUAAUUACGUUUCCCACUCUUUUUCACUAAUGUUUGGCUACUCGGUUCAGCGAGGAAGAAUGCCGCCGACCCAGCCCAACCCAGGCCAGUACGCCCUCACCAACGGGGACCCCCUGAACGGCCACUGCUACCUGUCGGGCUACAUCUCCCUGCUGUUGCGGGCCGAGCCUUACCCCACGUCCCGCUACGGCAGCCAGUGCAUGCAGCCCAACAACAUCAUGGGCAUCGAGAACAUCUGCGAGCUGGCCGCCCGCCUGCUGUUCAGCGCCGUCGAGUGGGCCCGCAACAUCCCCUUCUUCCCCGACCUGCAGAUCACCGACCAGGUGGCCCUGCUGCGGCUCACCUGGAGCGAGCUGUUCGUGCUCAACGCCGCCCAGUGCUCCAUGCCGCUGCAUGUCGCCCCGCUGCUGGCCGCCGCCGGCCUGCACGCCUCGCCCAUGUCGGCCGACCGCGUCGUGGCUUUCAUGGACCACAUCCGCAUCUUCCAGGAGCAGGUGGAGAAGCUCAAGGCGCUGCACGUCGACUCGGCCGAGUACAGCUGCCUCAAGGCCAUCGUGCUCUUCACGUCAGACGCCUGCGGCCUGUCGGACGCGGCGCACAUCGAGAGCCUGCAGGAAAAGUCGCAGUGCGCGCUGGAGGAGUACGUGCGGAGCCAAUACCCCAACCAGCCCAGCCGCUUCGGAAAACUGCUCCUGCGGCUGCCCUCCCUGCGCACCGUGUCCUCCUCCGUCAUCGAGCAGCUCUUCUUCGUCCGCCUGGUAGGUAAAACCCCCAUCGAGACCCUCAUCAGGGACAUGCUGCUGUCCGGGAGCAGCUUCAACUGGCCCUACAUGUCCAUCCAGUGCUCCUAGGGCCCCUCCGGCCCCUCCGGGCAGCCCCGGGACGCUGGACGCUGGACGGAGGACUCGCUCGCUCCCGCCGCCGCACAGGACGACG